CAAACUCUAGCUCACAAGAAAACCUUAUUCUUUUCAGCAGUCUCUCUCUUCUUCCACAAACAAACGAAAUUUAAACUCCAUCUCCUUCCUACUAUGGCCUCCUCAGCACCACCACAAUCUCUCGCUUUUCCCGCCAUAAAAACACGAAUUCCUCACAUUUGGGUCCAUAAAAAACACAAAUUCAGUCAUCAAAACUCCGUCACCUCCCUCUCACUAUCUCUCUCUCUCAAUCAAACAAACCGUACCGUGGCCUCCCCAGCAACACCAAAAUCUCUCUCUCCUCCCGCUGCCACCGACCUCCAAGCCCUCCUUGAGGAGGCGCGGCCAUUCAUACGCGGCGAGCUCGAGGUCGUCGACCCGCGCCUCCCCUCCCUUGUGGCCACCCUCCGCUCAGUCGGUGCCGGGGAGUGCUGGCACAAGCACGGCAGCUUCCUUGAGCACCUCCUCGACACUUACCGCAUCCUCCGUCUCUGGCGGGCCCCUGAUGCCGUCUGCCUCUGCGGCCUCUUCCACUCCGCCUACUCCAACUCCUACGCUAACCUGGCCAUCUUCGACCCCAACACCGACCGUGAAGUUGUCCGUAGCCAUGUUGGUGAUGCUGCCGAGCGCCUCAUCCACCUCUUCUGCAUCGUCCCAAGGCAGGCCCUUAUCCACGACGACCUGCUCUUCCGCUAUGAUGACUCGGAGCUCAUCGAGCACCUCAAGCUGUCAGAGAUAUCCCUCCAGAGUGCCAAAGAGAAGGGAGUAUUCAAAGGCGACGAGGCGUGGCGAAAGAAGGUCCAGUCGCUGUUGCCCACUGAGGGGAUAAGGGUGAAGCACAUAAAGACCGGAGAGGACGUGCUUGUUUCGAGGAGAGUGGUUGCGGUUUUUUUAAUGAUCACCAUGGCCGAUUUCAGCGAUCAGUUCUUUGGGUUUCAGGAUAUGCUGUUCGAGAAUAGCGAUGGGCGGAUGGAGUUUACCGGGAAUAAUUUCUGGGCAUUGUGGCCUGGGGACGGGAAACCCGGGCUCUGGAUGAACUCGAUAUCAAGGAUGGGCGCGGUCUACAUGCUCAUAGCAAGAGAGGAAGAGAUCUUCACGCUCGAAAAGAAGAGCAAAAGCAAUGCCAAGUCCAAGCCGCCCUCAAAAGAGCGAGAUGAGAACAUCGAGCUCGUGGUGCCACCGGUGUUCGAGUCCUGCACGCGGGUCCUCGACGCGAGGGACCAGAUUGAGGCAAGGGACAAGUACUGGGAAGCGGUUUGCAGCGUCAGCAAGUUUGGAGGAGCUGAGCAUUACGAAGCGGUGGAAUGGAGGCUGAGGGAAGGCAUCGAGAAGAACCCGUUUGUUGGGGAGCCUCGGGUGGUGCUGGGGCAGCUAUAUCUGGGAAAAGGGCAGUACGAGGAGGCCGAGGCCGAGGUAGAGGCCGGGCUGAGGCUGCUGCUGGAGUGGGGGAGUCCCUGGGACAAGAGGAUGUCCUGGGAAGGGUGGGUGGCAUGGGCCAGGGUUUUGCUCAUGAAGGCCAGAGAGAGGUCUUGGCUUAACACUUCCUGGGGGAUUCUCAAUUUGGGGCUUGUGAGAUGAUUUGAUUAGGUUGUGAUGGGGUUGAUUUGACAUGGGCAGUUUUAAAUAUUCAAAAUGAAUGUCAAGAAGGUGAAAUAGAGAAGUUUUAUGAGUUUGUGUGUAUCGGUUAUUUGUUACGAUCACGAGUUGUGUCACUUCUUAUUAUAUACGGUGGACAAUAUUAUGGAUAGUUCAUACCUUUUUCGACAUUAUGUAUGCAAGCCUUACUCUCUCAA